UAUUAUUAUUAGUUUUAUUCAACAUUUUGGCGGGUUAAAAAUUUUUAUAAUUUUUAAGCUCAAAAUUUUAGGGCAUUAAAAUUCUUUAUAUCAUGAAUAAUAAUUAAAAAUUAACUGUUUAUUUAAAUUAUUAAAUUUUUAUUUAAAACGAAAAAAUAAUAACAAAAAUGGAUGACUCAUGUACAUGUAUAAUACAGGUAACAAAAAAUGUCGCAAGAUAUGGUACCCUUGAACCAGCACUUGCACUUGAAUUGAAAAAAAUAUCCCAAGUACUUUCAAUUCCUGGCAAGGGUAUACUUGAUGUCCAUCAAGUACCACCUGGUCAAAAAAAUCAAGAAACAGCUGACGUCAAAACAACACAAUUAAAUUGGCUAAAAACACUUUUGUUAGAUCCCAAAAUAAGUAGUUUUAUUUCUGGAAUUAUUUUGAGUCAUUCAGAUGCUUUGGUUGACAUAUCAGACGAGUCACAAAUUGUAGAUUUAUUUCAUGAAAAUAAUAUUGUUGCUGGAGUCUGCAUUGAUAAAGGAACUGUUGAACUAUUUGGUACCUAUAAUGAAACAACAACACAGGGUCUUGAUAGAUUACAAGAAAAAUGUAUUGAAUUAAAAAAAAAUAAUUAUCAUUUUACAAGUUGGAAAUGUUAUUGUAAGAUAUCAAAUUCAUUAUGGCCAAGUAGACUUGCUGUCAUGGAAAAUACAAAUGUUUUGGCUAGAUAUGCUAGUAUUGUUCAGAGUACGCGAAUGCUACCAAUAAUUGAUUUUGAAAUAUUAUCAAAUGAUGAUGACAGUAUUAAUCAUUGUCAAAAUAUCCAUCGAGAUAUUUUAUCAAAUUUAAUUAAAUCUUUAAUUGAUUAUCAUGUUUAUCUUGAUGGAAUCAUUAUUAAAAUAUCAAUGGUACAACCUGGAAGUAAAAAUGCAGCUUAUAUUGAACCCGAGAUGAUUGCUGAGUACACAAUUCAAACAUUAAGACAAACAAUUCCUCUAUCAGUUCCAUCAAUUAUAUUUAAAACUGAUAAUUUAUCAAUUAAAAAUUAUCUAAUUAAUUUUAAUGCAAUAUGUAAAAUUCAAGAAAAUUAUUCCUGGAAUUUUUCUUAUUGUUUUGAUAAUUUUUUAUUUAUAAAAAUGAAAUCAUAUGGAUUAUUUGAUGAUAAUGAGAAAACAUUGGAUGACGAGUUUUUCAUCUGGAUGAUGAAACAUCUGGAAUUAUGUUCACAUGCUUCAUUGGGAAAAUUGAACAUUGAAGAUUUAAAAAAUUAAAUUUUAACAACAACAAAUUAUUAAAUACAAUGCUCGAAACAAAAAUACCCUUAGCAAUGAACUAAGGACGAUUGAAUGUCGUGCCCUUGCUCGACCUCUAGUCCAGAGGUGCUCAUACGCCUCCGAAAAAAAAAAAAAAACAAUAUUAUUACAGAUAAUGUUAUUAAUUAACAUAUUCUACAAAAAAUUAUUUACUCCAAAAAAAUCAAGGUACAAAAUAAAUCUCAUUUAUCAAAAAAAAAAAUUUAUAAACCAUAUAUUUUCUUUUGAAGAUGAUGAAUAUUUGAUGAUAAAUUCAAACAUAAAAUAAUUGACUUUUAUUUUUAUAAAUAAAUUGAAGAUCAUGUACAUCUAUAUGAGCAACAAUAAAAUUAUUUUUCAUCAUAUCAAUUUGAGCACAUCUAGUGAAGUAAGAAAACGAGAAAAAAGCGCCGACGCAUCAGAAUCAGAAACGCUCAGACUUUGAACUGACAGUCGUUCAGCUACUCUCAAACUGAUCGGUUGUUACUCUCUUGAAAUACCAAAUUAAAUAAAUCAC